UCUGGGGCGUUUCACUGGGACUGCCCGGCUGUGUCCGGGUAAGAUGGCGUUGGAAGAGCAGUGCUCGGCACCACCUCGAUGGCGGUCCAUAUCCCUGACACACGUAGAGUUCCCCGAGGGUACGUACGCUCAGCGUCUUCCUCCAACUGCCGAAGCUCUGGUAACCAGCAGCCGCUUUGUGAUUUUCGAGCAGCGCGAGUGUUUUCUCUCGCUACUGAAUGGACAACGGCCGUCGGUGACCUGACGGGACAAGUGUUGGCCUACAUCAGCCUGCUGCCCAUAGCAGUCCUUGUGGGUUUCGUCACGCUCAUAGUGUUUAAACGGGAGCUGCACACGAUUUCCUUCUUUGGUGGGCUCAUCCUGAACGAAGGGGUGAACUGGCUGCUGAAGCACAUUCUCAGAGAGCCACGCCCAUGUGCAGGGGCUCACACAAACCUGCACACAGAGUAUGGCAUGCCCUCCAGUCAUUCCCAGCUCAUCUGGUUCUUUGUUGUUUACUUCUUUCUUUUCCUUUAUUUAAGAAUGCAUCAAACGAACAAUGCUCGAUGUGUGGACCUGCUGUGGAGACACAUACUGUCCAUCAUCCUGUUGGGCAUGGCCUUAUCAGUCUCAUACAGCAGAGUCUACCUGUUGUAUCAUACCUGGAGCCAGGUUUUCUAUGGCGGAGUCGCUGGUAGUACGAUUGGCAUAGUCUGGUUCUUUAUCACACAGGAGGUGCUGACACCAUUAUUCCCCAAAAUAGCAGCGUGGCCAAUAUCAGAGUACUUCCUGGUGCGAGACACAAGCCUGAUCCCCAACAUCUUAUGGUUUGAGUAUACAGUGACCAGAUCAGAGGCAAGGAACAGACAACGAAAGCUUGGAACAAAACUUCAGUGAUCUACACACUUCUUUUGUGAAACUGAGUGUAGGACCACACAAACACACACACACACACACACACACACACACGUUCUCACAAACACACACAAAUGCUCACUCGACAAAAAAAACACACUGGAGAACCAUCUUUUGGACUGACAUGGUUGCAAGGAGUAAAGGGCAAAAAACCGUUUACAGGUGGCGAAAGAGUGCCUGGACCUGGCCCGGAGCCUACAGCCUGAGCGAGUCCGUCCACACGCCUCUCCUCAUUGUACAGCUUGCCCAAAAUGCUCUUCAGUGCAUGCAAGACUGUGCAAGAGGCAUACUAUUUAAUGAUAGAUUAAUAUAUAGAUUUUAACUAUAAACGCACGCUGACAGUAUGUGUGUACUGUAAGAGAUUCAAGGAGCCAAAAAGGAGCCUUUGGUUAAAUUUCAAACAAAAUGGUGGGCGUCAUUGCAGCAUGAAUUUAGU